AUGAAUUGGUUGUAAUAAAAAGAUGAACAUGAUAGCAUAUUUAAUAAUGGUGGAGAGUUUUGGUUGUAAAUGAAAUUACAAGAGAAUCAAUAACAUUUAAUAUUUUAAGGUAAGACAUUUUAGAAACAUACAAAAACAAGAAAGUGGGAAAGUGUUCAUUUAGAAUUAUAUGUUGAUAAGUAAUAAUAUAUAACAUUAAUUUAGAUUGGUUAAGAUAACAAAUAAUCAAGCAGAGUAUUGUAAUAUAAAUGCUUGUUAUUUAAAGAAAAUCAAAUAUUCUGAAUCUUCAUUUCAACCAUAUAAACAUGGAUUUAGAUUACAUUACAGUAAAUAAAGAAUAGAAUUCUUUACAGAGAAUUAAGAACACUAUGAAAGAUGGUAAGCUGCUUUAAAAAGAUACUGUAUUUUAACAAAGUUUAAUAAAAAAUACAAAUUGAUAUGUAAACAUAAAUUAAAUGAACCAUAUCCAUCUUGUACAUAUAAAGCUUAAAGAAAUUCUGAUGGAUUAUUUUUUUAAAUCAGAAUAAUUGAAAAGAGUUAAUUAGAUGAUCCAUCAUUAGCAUUAAAUGAAAUAUCUAUAUUAAGAAGAGUUGAUCAUGUUUAUGUAUAAAGAUUAUAAGAAGUUUAUGAAGAUUAAGUUUAUUUAUAUGUUGUAUAUGAUUAAUAUGCAGGAAGAGAAUAAAAGUUUUUAUUACCAUAAUUGUUGUAAACUACAGAAAAAGUACUUGCAGAAUUACUUUAUAAAUUAUUAUUAGGAUUACAUCAUAUUCAUAGUAAAGGAGUAUUUCAUAGAGAUAUUAAAUUUGACAAUAUUUUUAAUAGAUUUCCUGAUUGUCUUACUGAUUCUUGUAUUGUUAAUUUUUCAAGUGCUGAUUUUCAUGAAAAUAAAAUGCAUAGAAGGAUUGGAACACCUGGCUUUAUGGCACCUGAAAUAUUCAAAACUAAAUAAUAUGAUUAAUAAAUUGAUGUCUUCUCUUUAGGAGUUAUUUUUUAUUAUAUUGUUUUUGGUAAAAUGCCAUUUGGUUCAGAUUUUAAUGAAGUAGAUUUUAUAAUUUAAGUAGAGAGGUACUUCCAAAAAAUGAGUAAGGAGAUAUAGAAUAUCCAGAUUUCUGUAGAAUAUCAAUUAGUGGACUAUAAUUAAUGAAAUUAAUGUUACAUAAAGAUCCAUAAAAAAGAUGUACUUCAUUUUAAGCUCUUAAUCAUCAUUGGUUUAUUAAUUUAAAAAUUAGAGAUCUUUUAGGAAAACCUAGUGUAAUGAUGAAUUAAAUGAAAAUGGGAUCUGGUCUUAAUUUAUCAACCAUAUUAGAAAAAUCUGAUAUGAUAGAUAAUUCUAAUAUGUCUAUUGCACUUACUCCAAGAGGAAUAAAAAAAAAAAGUUAUAUCUCAAGAUCCAAAUCUUCAGAUAUUAAUAUUUUGGAUCAAGAAUUUAUUUAUGAAUCUGUCGCUGAUAAAAUGAAAUCAUUAUCAAACACUAUUCCAUAACCAUCUAGAUUAAAGCAUAAAUCAAGUAAAAUGUAAAUUUAAAAAUGA